CAGAGAGUCAUGAUGAAAACACAAAAUGCAUAGACUGCAGUUAUAGAGCAACAAAAUAUACAAUAGAAUCCAUCUUAAAGAAUUGUCAGACAAUAUUACAGACGGGCAGGUCAGUGACAUUAUUAAGUGUGAAGAAUAAAAAAAGAAAGAUAAAAAAUAUCUACAUUUGAAAACUUGUUUAAGUUUGUGUCCAUGGAUAAGUCUAAGAACUUUCGAAUUGAUGCUCUGUUGUCAGAGAGCACUCAGCGGAUUGUACGGGAGGAUUCACCGGGAAUGUGUAAUGACGGCACUGAUAUCGAGCCCAUGACAUGCCAACGGACAGACAACUCUCCUCCUCGAGCUUAUCAACUUCAUACAGGGGUCAUACCUAAACCAGGCUUGCUAAAUAAUCCUCACUCAGGAUUAACUUCACUUUCUCAAGGGUCUAUGCCAGGAAUGUAUUUCUCACCUAUGUACUCCAUCACAGCACUUGCUGCGCAGCAUCCCACGUUCGCGUAUUCUGGUUUCGCGCAACCCUACCCGGAGCACCUGAAAGCUGCAGCGAUGGCCGGCUCAUUCCCGUUAGAACACUGGCUCCGGGCAGGGCUCAUAAUGCCCCGCCUCGCAGACUACAGCGGGGCACCUCAGUCCGGUCUGAUCGGAAAGUGCCGGAGGCCACGCACAGCUUUCACCAGUCAGCAACUACUAGAGCUGGAAAAUCAGUUUAAACUCAACAAAUACCUAUCACGGCCCAAACGCUUUGAAGUGGCCACAUCUCUGAUGCUAACUGAGACACAGGUGAAGAUUUGGUUCCAGAACCGACGCAUGAAGUGGAAGCGCAGCCACAAAGCUAAAGAGCAAGCUGCACAGCUGGAGACGGGCAAGAGAGGAAACAAGCCAAAAGACCUUAGUCGCUGCAUUGCACAAGAUGAUGAUGAGGAUCUGGAUGCAGAGGAUGAAGAUGAUGAAGAAGAGGAAGAGUUUAGAAAAUCUAUUACCGUAGGUGUGAGUCUAGCUCACCCCUCGGACUUCCUGCAGCACAGCUCAGAGUUGAGUUACAGCUCUCAUGGCUCUUACUCGGAUGACGACCUCGAAGAGAUCGAAGGAGACAGAAAGAUCAGACUAGGGUUAUGAGGAACUGAUGGCAGCUAUAUGUUCAUUAUUAAUUGGGAAGCUAACUACAUCUAGGUUUUACAACCCUCGAACAUCCAUAACCUCAAGACUGAAGCUGUUGAUGUCAAAACUAUCCAAAUGAGUUCACCGUAACAUUCUAUAAUGAAUAUUUACAGGACAUUUACAGUCAUAAAUCCAGUUGUGGUAUGGUAACACUUUACAAUAAGGUUAAAUUCUUUAACAUUAGUUAAUACAUUAGGUAUCAUACAGUGAACAAUAUAUUUUUACAGCAUUUAUUAAUAAUUGUUAAUGUUAGUUAAUAAAAAUACAGCUGUUCAUUGUAAGUUAAUGUUAGUUCAUAGUGCAUUAACUAAUGUUAACAUAUACAACUUUUCAUUUAAAAUAUAUUAGUAUACAGUAUGUUGAAAUUAACUUUAACCAAGAUUAAUAAAUGCUGUAUAUGAAUUGUUCAUUGUUAGUUUCAUGUUCACUAAUGUUGUUAACUAAUGUUAACAAAUGGAACCUUGUUGAAAUGUGUUACCGAAGUCAUUAAUGAAAAUGGUCUUCCAGUUUAUUUGCACUUAAAAAAAAAUUCUUGACAGCUGCUUGUAAACUGUUCCAGACUAUAUAGUUUUUUCCUUAUGUGAUCAAAAUCUUUACUCUAAAUGUUAACAUUCUGGUUGACAAAAACGGUUGUAGAGCUAAGAACUAAAUGAGGAAGCCUUUGCACUGAAAGUCACAGGCUGACACAUGUGCUUUACAGCUGUUCAUAAAUGCAACUCUGUGAUUUCUUGAAGAUAUUUUGUUCAACAUAGGCAAGAGUGGAUGCCAAUGAACAGAAGAUUGUCCAAAAGGUCACUGGUGUCAGUUUUCGUCCAGUUGCGUUGACUGAGGAACACGGAGGAACGGCUAAAUCCUCAGCAAAUAUUGAACAAGGGCAAACUGUGAACAGUGCAUUACUUAGUCCAUUAGUUUAUGUCAUGUUGUUGCUGUUGGUGUCUUUAAUGUUAUUUAACUCUUAUAGAUUAUAUCUAAUUUAUUCAGCUGAAAGAGAUCAGCACUGUGUUUGAAGGAUUGUGUGACCGUCAAACAUUGCUUUGAAAAUAUGUACUUGGAGAA